AUGUGGCGUCAACGCCUCAUGUCUCCAUUAUUGCCAAGCAGUGAAAGCACACAAUAUCUUCUCCAGCAAUAUGAGUCAAUCCAAAAAAACUGCUCCACCACUUUGCCUGUUACAACAUAUGGCACAACCCUGUCGGUAGCAUCAGCGACUGCUUCAAGCUCUCCGGUUGCUACCGGUACUACCACAGGGUCUUUGGCUUCUUCGACCUGUCUUGGACAAUUGGUUGAGCCUUUUGAGGACGGUUACAGGUCAUGUUUUAACAUAUCCGAUACAUACAACGUCAGCACAGGUGCUAUUGUGGCUGCUACUGGUGAUGCUCUUUGCGAUUUCCACAACUCUAUUUGUCUUCCCUUGUCUUGUGAGCUAGAUACUUUGCGAGACAAUCCGUCCUGCCAAGAUCUCGCAGAUAAGUACUCUACCGACACUAACAAUGUCACUUUAACCCAGCUUUUGGCAUGGAACCCCAAAAUUUUGGGCUCUUGUGGCUUCCUGAAUAACGUUCAGCGAGUUUGUCAAAGUCCGCCAGGAGGAAAUUUCGUUCCUACGGGUGUUAUCUAUGCCCCCACGACGGCGGGAUCAUACUACACCACUGCAACUCCGGCUGAGCCAACGCAAUCAGGAACUACAUCUGAAUGUGGCUUAUUCUAUGAUGUUGUUUCUGGAGAUACAACUUAUUUGUCAAGUGCAACUCAAUCGCUCUUCGUUUGUGAGUACUGUCUCUAUUUGCUUCUCCGGGCAUUGCUAAAUUCAGGAUCCAAGUGGCGUCACUAUUUCCGACCUUCGAUCUCUCAACACAUUCGUAAAGUUUCCCCUCCUAAGACAAGUCAUGCUCUUUGGGAUAAUUGCACGAACCUUUGGCUUGACAACUCAGUCUGUGUUGCGCCUGUCACAAAAUCGUCAACUUCAACCGAUGGCAAGUGUGGCCCUUCAAAUGGAAAUACUCUCUGUCCAGGCGUCGAUAGUUGGAUAAUUUUGCUGAUCGCAUACAGCUGUUGCUCAAUUAGCGGAUAUUGCGGAACUACAUCCGACUAUUGCAGUGCAGGAAACUGUGUCUCCGGGGCUUGCCAGUCUACUGUUGCUACUACAAAUGGCACCUGUGGCUCGGCAUGGGGAGAUACAACAUGUAGUAAUCCUAGCUUUGGCUCAUGCUGCUCUAUCUAUGGUUAUUGCGGCGAUGGCUCGGACUACUGCGGCCCAGGCCAUUGCUAUUCGGGAGAAUGCGAUGGAGCUGACGGCGGCCUCAGUAUCAACGGUGAAUGUGGGCCUUCCUUCGCUGGGAAUAAGACUUGCGUUGGGACUCAAUUUGGCGAAUGUUGCUCUACUGCUGGAUAUUGUGGAAGCUCUGCAGACUACUGUGCUGCUGGUAACUGCUACUCUGGGGCAUGCUUGUAG